AUGACGAGCAAUAAUCGACGGCUUCGCUCCUCGUCGGUCUCCGUCAGGGCAGGAUCAGUCCAGCGACAAAGAUUUGACCAGACCACUCUCUCGAGCAAUGUCGCACACCGCCGCCGCUCAUCAUCUCCGCGGAUUUCGUCGCCUUGGCGGCGAGCCAACAGCGUUAUGGAGAGGAUCAUGAACCCAUUCUUGGACCGUGAGUCUCCCUCCCAUUGGCACAACUACCAGCCAUUACAGACUCUACCGGAGCUGCACGUUACCCCCAAUGUAGUUCCUUCGACAGCUUCACCUCGGUUGUCGGUCACCGAAAAAGCACAGCCGACAUACAGGAAGGCACUGGCUUUCAAUGGCGGACUGCAUUCAACCUAUAUAGCUGACUACCCAAGAGGGUUGCACGGCUUGUUCGUGCUGGUGCAAAGUCCGUUGCUACUGAUUGUCAUUGGCACCUUCGCAGGAAGUGUCGGGCUGGCCAUGGACAUGUGGAGUGUCGAGGUCGCGCGGUACCAUGAAUGGGUAGGCGGCCAAGCUUUUGGGCUGUUUGCGGCGUCAGCACUCCUUGCUGGGGGCUUCUCAGCGCUUCUGACUCAUUCCGUGUGUCCGCAAGCCGCAGGAUCAGGUCUACCAUUCAUGAAAGUGGCCAUUUCGGGGAUCGAUGUCAGUGCCUACCUGUCCUUCCGCUGCGUAGCUACCAAGAUCGUUGGACUGAUGGCUGCAUUAGGUGCAGGGCUAUCAAUCGGUAAAGAGGGCCCAUUCAUCAUGAUUUCAUGUGGCUUUGCCAGUGUGCUGAUGAAUUGGCGCCCAUUCCGUCGCAUUCGCGAUGAUGACACAAAGCGCUUGGAGAUGCUGGCAUGUGCGUGUGCUGCUGGAGUUUCUGCUACGUUCGGCUCCCCUUUUGGAGGCGUGCUUUUUGGGGUAGAGGUGACGUCGCACUUUUAUUAUGUCCGGACACUGCCUCGUUCAUUUUUCGCAGCCAUCGUAGGCGCGUUACUGGUAAACUUCGGUUCUGCCAACACACGGUAUGGACUUUUCGGCAACCGAAGCAUGGGAAUUUCUUUGGGUACUGAUGCUGGAAAUGGAAGCGGCGGGCCCGCUUUUACUGACCUCUGCGUUUUUGCGCUCAUGGGUAUAUUUUGCGGCCUUGGAGGCGCCCUUUUCAACCACUCCUUGUCCAUAUUGGUGCGUGCCCGGGACUGCUUUUUCCAGCCCUCGGCGUCAAAUUCACUUCGUUUAACUUGGUGGAAUGCUCUUGGAAAGCGGGUGGGACUUGUGUUAGCUGUAACUUUGCUUUCGUGUUGGCUCGAGUUUUUCGGAGACAGUGCGUGGUUUCUGCGGCACGGCUCCCCUCGUCGCAUUCUUGACGCGCUUUUCUCAAAAGACAAGCAGAUCUUUGCCGAUGACCGUACUCAAGAAAGUACUAAAGAGGCCAGUUUGCUGCUUUCGAGAUCGUUGCUGACAUUUCUUCCGCUCAAGUAUGUACUGACGCUUGUAAGUAUUGUCCUACCUGUGCCGGCUGGGUUGUUCACCCCUACUUUCGUCAUCGGUGGCAUUUUUGGCCGACUUGUUGGUGAAGCCGUACGUGCCUUCGAUCUCAUAAGCACCAACUAUGAGCCUUUCGAGUUUGCAAUUAUUGGCGCCGGGGCUUUCUCUUCAGGUGUGACACAUGCUGUGUCUACCGCUGUUAUUAUCAUGGAGAUUUCACAUACCGACGGCCUCAACCUACCUGUGUCUGUGGCGAUACUAACAGCAUAUUUUGUGGCCAAGAGGUUUACCGAUAACGUUUACGAUAUCCUCAUCGUGACGAGUAACCUGCCUCGACUAAAGAAGCUACCAAAAGCUGCUUAUGACAUUCCGGCCUGGGAGGUGAUGAAGGACGUGGCUGAGAUGGGAGUACUUAGUGCUGACUCAACGUAUGAAGACGCGUUGGCACUGCUCGAGCGCUCCGACAUGGAACCUGUGUUUCCCAUUGUAGACUCGCUCGAGAACCGCUUCCUGUUGGCUACAGUUACGCGUUCCCGGCUAGCCUACGCUGUGUCGCGUUGCCAACGCCAUAUUCCGUUGGCGCCUGUAGACUUGAGGAAACCGUUACAUGUGGAAGCCGUAGCGACAGCUACAACUUCGCUACUUUUCCCAACCACGCCUCAGUCGACCACUCCUAACAUUAUAACGGCGAUUGACUACGACUCGGGCUGCUGCGCUCCAUGUUCGGUGAUUCAAAAAUCAUAUGGAGCCAUGGACUCGACGUCUCGCGGUGAUGGUAGCGAUGAGUUCGAUGAUGACGAAGCGGAGGAUGGUCUUGGUGAACUACCUUUGCAGUGGCUUCAGUCUCCAAUUCAUUUUGCCUUUAUACGUGGUGGAAAGGUCAUAAAUUGGGUCACAAAUGAGGUGUGUGUUCCGUCCAAGUUGACAGUGCUAGUCGAUCCAUCGCCAUUCCAGUUGAUGGAAAUGACGCCGAUGCGUCGUGUGGAUAUGCUCUUUCGUAUGCUCAAGCUCAACAAUGUCUUCGUUGCACGAUCAGGAAGACUCAUGGGUGUCAUUAGCCUCGAGCGUAUGAUGACGUUCCUUGGUACCACGACACCAUAUCAGAUGCCAGGACUGCUACGCAUUCUCAAGAACUUUUGCUUCCAGUCAAAUAGUGCCAUAAACUAG